AUGUGUAUCUUGCUAUUGGUAUCAAUCGGUCCUCUCUUUCCUUUUGGUGGUAUAGCCGCAUGUGUAGAUUACCCUUAUUCUUCAUCUUCUCUACCCUUCGGUUGCUUAGGGCGCCCUGAGGGAUUCGCCUCUAGGAGAAGAGUUAUUGAUCACAUAGCUUGGGUACUAGAAGUUGCGGAUCGUAUCAUUCGGGCAGAGCCUGGGUCCCUUAGUAUUAUGUAUAGCGCAGCUCCCUCAAAGUUUCUUUUGCUAGUUUUGUUCCGAUCGAUGAAGGAGACUCUACUAGUCGGUAGCGCGCGGAUUCGUUUUCCUAUUUCACUGGGAUCGGUCCUAAGGCGCGUGCUUCAAUAUUGUCUUGAUUGGCAGUCGCUCUUCUGUAUUUUUAAUCUUCAGAGAUACCCUUAG